AUGUUAUCGGCGCCUCGAUACAGCUCAGCCGUCCCAAAUCCAAGCGGGGAGUGGGCUGUCUACUCGUCAACGAACUACUCCUUCGAAUCGCACAAGCAAUCGCUGACUUGGAAGCUGUUGCAUCUUUCGACUGGCGAAAUUUCCGAUCUCCGUCUGUCCGCCGCCGCGUCUGAAAUCGUUUGGGUUGGACCUACAGAUACCAGUGUUCUGUAUCUCAAUAGCACUAAUGAUCAAGCUCCCGGUGGAGUCACCCUCUGGACGGCAGAUAUGGCUCAAUCUCCACUUCAAAGAACCCUGGUGGCAUCUCUCUCGGCGCCGUAUGCUGGUCUGAAAGCAACACGAACGCCGUCCGGUGACAUCAACUUCAUCGUCAAUUGUCUUGCCUACGCGAACAAUGGAUCAGCGUACAAUCCGAAGCUCGCCUCGACCCCUUCACAUACGGGCCGACUUUACGACAAUGCUUUUGUCCGACAUUGGAACACAUACAUCGCUCAAGAGCGGUACGCCGUCUUUUCUGGAACGCUCAUCAACGGAUCUUCUCUGAAAGGUGAAAUGACCAACCUGCUUCGAGGAAUGGAGGCUGCGGUGACUCGUCCAGAGACGCCAGUACAACCCAACAGGAAAGCUUCCGACUACGAUCUCAGUCCAGAUGGUUCUCAUGUUGUCUUCCUCACCAAGGCACCUGAGCUUCCAAAGGCCAACUACGCAGCCAGCUACCUCUACCUCGUACCUCAUGAUGGUUCCGCUGUCGCUCAGACUCUCAAUGGACCCGGGAGUACGGCUCCAGAAGCUGCCAAGGGCGCAUCGGGCGCGCCACUUUGGUCUCCCGAUGGAACGCAGAUUGUCUACUUUCAGCGAGACAGUGUUGGGGACGAGGCCGACAGGAGGAAGAUCUACGUUUUCGAUGUCGAGUCGAAGGAGAUUACUCCCGUGGCUGGCGAUUGGGAUGUCUCUCCUAUGGACAUCAAAUGGAGCCCUUCCAGCGACCACCUCUAUGUGGCAGCCGACUACAUCGCUUCCACGAAACUUUUCAUACUACCAACCGAUGCCGCAGCGGAUCAUGUUGCGGACAACAUCACAGACAUCACGACUGUCCUGGACUUCUACGUGCUUCCAUCCGGAGAAGUGUUGAUUACUGCCAAUGCCGUGUGGGCAUCGUUCUUGUUGUACACUGUGUCGCCAACUGGGGAGACGAAGUACUUUUACAAGUCGAACGAGCGAGAUCCAGAGCUCGCUGGGCUUGGUCCCGACGAUUUCGCUUCUUUUUGGUAUAGUGGUACCUUGGGCGACAAGCAGCAAGCCAUUAUUGUCAAGCCAGAAGGGUUCGAUCCCAGCAAAGUCUACAGUCUGGUACUUCAAAUUCACGGCGGCCCUCAGGGAUACGCUGGAAACACGUGGUCGACCCGAUGGAAUCUGAGGACUUGGGCAGACCAAGGAUAUGUCGUCGUAUCACCAAACCCAACCGGAUCCACUUCAUAUGGUCAGAAUCUCACGGACAGGAUCCAAGGUCAGUGGGGUGGCUGGGCGUACGAGGAUCUCAUCAAUGCUCACAAGUAUGCCUGCGACAAUCUCGCAUAUAUCGACUGCAGCAACGCAGUCGCGGUGGGCGGAUCAUACGGUGGAUACAUGACCAACUGGAUGCAAGGCCACGACUUUGGCCGCAAAUUCAAAGCUCUGGUCAGCCAUGACGGCGUCGCGAGCACAUACUCAUUAUACAGCUCGGACGAGCUUUACUUCAUGUCAGCCAACAUGAACGGUACCCUGUGGGAUCUAGAAAGUCGUCCCAAUUACGCUGCUUGGGACCCUCUCACGCACGCCAACAACUUUUCGACUCCACAGUUCAUCGUCCACAGUGAGCUCGAUUACCGACUUCCUAUCAGCGAGGGAAUCUCAAUGUUCAAUGUGCUACAGACUCGAGGGGUGCCGUCGAGAUUCUUGAGCUUCCCGGAUGAGGGCCACUUUGUGUUGAACAGGGAGAACAGCUUGUUCUGGCACAAUGAGAUCUUCAACUGGAUUAAUCACUGGACUGGCAAGAUCGACAGCCUUGAUGAUAAUGCUAUUACCCAGUAG